AUUAUGAUCAUGAUGUUCGGUACAAUAUUGUAACUAGUAGGAAGUAACAAACGUUUUUGGUUUGUGCUUAUUCGAAUCUUUCCUUCUCAGUUCUUUCUCUCACGUAUGGUUACAGAAUUAGUUUGUUUUGCUAUCCUUAGUUAAAGAAUAUUCAACGGCCAAAAUGGUUGCCAAUACCUCUACUGCUACAAUUCGAACUCGCAAGUUCAUGACCAACAGACUGCUAUGCAGAAAGCAAAUGGUUGUUGAUGUAAUGCACCCAGGGAAGCCAUCUCCCAAAAAAACUGACAUCCGGGAAAAAUUAGCUAAAAUGUUUAAGGUAUUACCAGACGUUGUCUUCGUAUUUGGCUUCCAAACAUGUUUUGGAGGAGGUAAAUCGACCGGUUUCGCUCUUAUUUAUGAUACCUUAGAUCAUGCUAAAAAGUUUGAACCUAAAUAUCGCCUGCAAAGGCAUGGACUCUUUGAGAAGAAGACACAGACAAGAAAACAACGUAAAGAAAGAAAGAACAGAAUGAAGAAGGUACGAGGUACCAAAAAAACUAAAGUUGGUGCCACGUCAGGAAAAAAGUAAAAUGAACGUUAGAAGUGUAUGAAUGUACUUUACGGGGCAAUCAAUAUGCUUGUGAUGUAAAUAACACUUCUUUAAUAAAAUUGUUGGACUUAUUCCAUAA